AUGCGCGCUUCCGUCUUCUUCGCCGCCCCUCUUGUGGCCAUGGCUGCUGCUCAGAGCUCGGCUGCCAAUGAGACCUCUGUUGUCAGCACCAUUCCUGUCUCCUCCUCCAGCAUCCCUUACACCAACGGAUUCACCUCUUUCCUCACCCAGACCAACUCCCUCGGUGUUGUCACUGGUCAGCCUCUGCCUGCCACCUCCGUCGGCGUUGCCGCUACCAACUCUGCUCCCGCCGCCAUCUCUUCGGUCGCCGUGCAGCUCGUCCCUGCUGGCCUUGCUCCCGGCACCGUCACCACCCUCAUCUACGGCAAUGUCACCGCUGGUAACGCCACUUCCAUCGUCGUCACUGUUGGCGCCUCUACCACCCAAGUCCUGAGCGCUGCCGUUAUUGCCGCCACCGGCUCAGGUUCUUCGGCUUCCGGCACUUCUGGCGCUGCUGCUGCAUCGUCCUCGGGCUCAAGCGCUUCCCAGAGCGGUUCCUCCUCGCGUGGUGCCUCUUCUGCUUCCUCUCGUGUUUCCUCCGCUGUGGGAUCUGCUAGCUCUGCCGCUGGCUCUGCUGCCGCUUCCUCUACUGGCGCAGCCUCCAGCGUCAAGGUCGGUGCCGGUGCCCUGAUUGGUGCUGGCGUCUUCUUCGCUGCUUUCAUGUAA